CAGCACGGGCCGGGUGGGGCGGGGAGCGCGGCCGAGAAAGGCUGAGGGGGUUCGCGCCGCGCACGGGGCCCGCUGCCGCCGCCGCCAUAGUGGGAGCCGCGGGGUGCAGGUGAGGAGCCAUGGGGGACAAGCCUAUCUGGGAGCAGAUCGGGUCCAGCUUUGUCCAACAUUACUACCAGCUCUUUGAUGCAGACAGGACUCAGUUAGGAGCAAUUUAUAUCGAUGCCUCAUGCCUUACGUGGGAAGGACAGCAGUUCCAGGGCAAGGCAGCCAUCGUGGAAAAGCUCUCUAGCCUCCCUUUCCAAAAAAUCCAGCACAGCAUCACAGCACAAGACCACCAACCUACACCUGACAGCUGUAUACUCAGUAUGGUAGUGGGACAGCUGAAGGCUGAUGAAGAUCCUAUCAUGGGAUUCCACCAGAUAUUUCUAUUAAAGAACAUCAACGAUGCCUGGGUUUGCACCAAUGACAUGUUCAGGCUAGCACUGCACAACUUUGGCUGAGUCAGAGCCCGAGGCAGCUCUGCUCUUGGUUAGGGUUUGUUGUUUUCUCCUUGUCUCCUACUGGUAUUACUCACACUCACGGAACAUUCCAAAUAUCAUACACAAAGCUGCAGCACUGCAAGCCUGAUGAGCAAGACCUGUGACCUGCCUUCUGCUGAGUUUACAUUGUCGCUAGAUGAGUUUCUUGUGCAUGAUGUUUGGAAGUUAGACCUUAGCUGCAUUUGACAAGAGAAAUUCGUGUUGUACCAGCAUGCCUCGGAAGAAUCUGUAACACAAUGGGUGUUGUGUUCUGUACUGACCAGAUGCUCUAGAACCCAAAGACAGGAGGGAACAGCAGCCUGUGCAGCCCAGAUACUGAUUUGCUCAGAUGUUCCAAUGCUCCAUUACACAAUAAACCCAUCAGAUUUUCUUAACAGUUUAAA